UGCGAUGAGUUAGAGGGAGUUAGCGGGACCGUUGGUCCCAGAGUUACUAGGAGCAGGAGCAGGCGGCUCAGUGAUGGAGGGAGCAGCUAGGUACCUGUAGGAGAGAAGUUUCUAUCACCGGAGUCUUCGAGGGAGCCCAACCUGAUUCCCGCUGGACUGGAAACAAUCGAAAGCAAUCUGUGUGGAAAUGUCCCCGGGUUGAACACUGGAGGAAAGACUUAAUGUGAAGUAAAGAAAAAUUAAUGACUUUUCUUAAGAUCGUAAACCCCGAGCCGAAAUCAUCACUAAAUGAAUUCAAACUAAGAGGGACCAAGACAUCGACUUCAAACCUUUUAUUUUCGGGGGAAGAAAAAUGUUAUGUUCUUUUAACUUUUCCUCUUUUAUGAGCAACUCAUUGUUUCUGAAUGGGAAAGAUAGUGCUGGCUUACAGGAAAAUCAGAGGCGGUGUUCAGGAGAAUUGGACGCUACGAGCAGCAUCGCAAGAAUGUGAGGCAACUCUGGGGAGAAACCUCCUGCAGGUUGCCCUGUGCUUGACCUUCGGCUUGGAGCUUGGAUUUAAGUGUGCGACCAAAACUCUCAUCUACUUGCUGAACCCUUGCCACGUUGUUACUGUCUUACAGAUAUUCCUGCUUGCUUGCCCAUCCUGUCCUGCUGCCUUGAUUCUCUUCAGGUUACACGUGCACAUGCUGAAUGGACCUUUGCUGGCAUUGCUCUUCCCUGUAGUCAACACGAGACUGCUCCCAUUUGAAACAGAGGUGUAUUAUAUUCAGCACAUUCUCAUGUACGCUGUCCCCCUCUACUUGCUGAGCAAAGGUGAUAAAUACAGACCAGAGCCACUGAGAGAUUUCUGGUGGCCACUGCUGGCCACGGGUAUUCUAUUUCUCUAUCACUACACAGUUCUGCAGGCCCUAGGAUUGGUCACCCAAGUGAAUUUGAAUUGCAUGCUGUGCCCGGCUGUUUCAGACCCAUUCCAUGGACCCUACUACCGGAUGUGGGCAUCCCUGCACCAAACAGCGCUGCUGCUGAUACACGGCAAGCUGAUCAUUCUUCUGUCCUAUGCCAUAUCCCUGGUGACCCAGCAUCUCCCCAAGCUUCUGCGGCAACCGUCUCUGAAACUAGACUGAGUGACACCCUGCAGGAGUUUGUUCCGGCAAUACAGGUUCGGUUUACCCGGAGAUCACAGGGAUGAAGCCGUGGAAAAAAGAAAAGCUUGCAGUGAGAUGACAAGCAACAUAACAAAAGAGAAAGAAAAGAAACUAAGAAAAGGGGAACAGCAAUGCCAUCUGGCUGGAUUUUGGUGGAAAGUUGUGUUGGGCAUCUAGAGAUCACAAAUCUUGGCCUCCAAUCAGCUGGGAUUACCCACCUAAUGCAUAAAAUUCGAUUGCUGUCUUUCUGCUAUCAUCUGUGCUCCAUGAACAUUCUGGCAAAGAUCCUGCAAUAGCAACUUCAAUGGACUGCAUGUUGUGUCCCAGCGGAUAGAAACCGUGUCCUAUGCCUGAUCCUAUUCUCUUAAAUAGCUCUCACUCUGGGAGACGAUGAAGAAAAUGCCUCAAAGACACAAUGAAACUCUCCCAUGAAGCAGGCAGCGUUGACUUUAAUAACUGGGAGGAACUUGCUACCCAUCAUUCAGAAUGAGGGUAACUCAUCCAUUGAGCUGCGUCCCAUUUUGAGUCUCCGUGUUUUAAGCAGUGGCUGGAAGGAAGGGUAAAAGGAGGGAUUUGUGCAUUCAGGGACCCACUACCUGGUAGGACAUCCUGCCUCCAGUGACUGACGUUCCUCAGGCCUGCUCAGUCAUAUGAAGACCCAUGUUGGAAACUCUCAUCUCUGAGUUGGUGCCAUCUUCCCAAUUGAGGGAUGGUGUAGUUGGGAGCCGGUGAUGGGGCCACGAGUGGUGUUGUGAAUCCAUGAUUUUCUGCAUAACAGGAGGCCUACAUGCAUCAUUGUGAACAUCUCUGUCGACCUGAUAAUAAAAGGAAAUGAAAUAGCCUCAUAA